AUGGCAACGUCCGACCAAUUUAUCCGUGACGGGGGAACUGGCCCUCGUUACAUGCAAAUGCAACCGGAACCAUCCUUCUUUUCGCUUCAGAAUCCACCCGAGGCUAGCCGCAUUUUCGACGAGCUUCCAAAGGCUACCAUUGUUCAAGUUUCACGUCAUGAUCCGAGUGAUAUUAUCAGCCCCGUGCUUCUUACCUACACUAUUGACUUUCAAUACAAACAGUUUAAAUGGCAACUAGUGAAGAAGGCUUCACAUGUGUUUUAUCUACAUUUUGCUUUGAAAAAACGAGCCAUUAUCGAAGAAAUCCAUGAAAAACAAGAACAGGUGAAAGAAUGGCUUCAUAACAUAGGAAUAAUGGAUCAUGCAGCGGUUGUGCAUGACGACGAUGAUGAACCAGAUGAUGAUGGCACACCCGGGGCCAACGAUGACAGUGUUAGAAACAGAGAUGUUCCCUCAAGAGCUGCACUGCCGAUGAUUAGGCCGCCACUUGGCAGGCAACAUUCCAUGUCAGACCGUGCCAAGACCGCUAUGCAGGGGUAUUUAAGUCAUUUUCUUGGCAACCUAGACAUUGCAAAUUCCAGAGAGGUUUGCAGGUUUAUGGAGGCGUCAAAGUUAUCGUUUUGUCCGGAAUACGGGUCUAAACAUAAAGAAGAAUACGUAUUAGUGAAACAUUUACCAAAAAUCCCGACAAAUGAUGAAAGUAGACUAUGUUCUGUUUGUCAUUGGUUCAAUUGUUGUAACGACAACUGGCAGCAGGUUUGGGCUGUUUUGAAACCGGGAUUUUUGGCCCUGUUAAAAGAUCCAUUCGACAAGGAGCCAUUGGAUAUUAUUGUAUUCGAUGUUUUACCGUCACCCCAUGGGACCGGAGAAGGCCAGGUGUCAUUAGCAAAUGAAGUAAAUGAUCGUAACCCCUUACGCCAUUCGUUUGAGGUGUCAAGUGGAAACCGAAGAAUAAUGAUGAGAAGUAGGAGUAAAGCUAAAGCAAGAGCAUGGGUUACCGCAAUUAAUGAUGCUGGGCUUCGGCCACCAGAGGGCUGGUGCCACCCUCACCGGUUUGGGUCAUUUGCACCGCCCCGCGGUCUGACUGAUGAUGAUACUCAGGCUCAGUGGUUCGUUGAUGGUCGUUCAGCUUUUGAUGCUAUUGCUUUAGCAAUUGAGGAGGCCAAAUCCGAGAUAUUUAUGUGCGGGUGGUGGUUGUGCCCGGAUCUUUAUUUACGGCGCCCUUUUCAUACCAAUGCGUCUUCUCGCCUUGAUAGUUUACUUGAGGCAAAAGCCAAGCAAGGGGUUCAGAUUUAUAUUCUGAUGUACAAAGAGCUUGCUCUUGCCCUCAAAAUUAAUAGCUUUUAUAGUAAGAAAAAGCUCGCUGCACUUCACGAGAACAUAAGAGUUCUACGUCAUCCGGACCAUUUCUCUAGUGGUGUCUAUCUAUGGUCUCAUCAUGAGAAACUGGUCAUUGUUGAUUAUACGGUUUGCUUUAUCGGCGGGCUAGAUCUUUGCUUUGGACGUUAUGACUCGUAUGAGCACAAAGUGGGCGAUCACCCGCCUAUGAUAUGGCCCGGAAAAGAUUAUUAUAACCCUAGGGAAUCUGAGCCUAAUUCGUGGGAAGAUACUCUAAAAGACGAGUUGAAUCGUGAAAAAUAUCCUCGUAUGCCAUGGCAUGAUGUCCAAUGUGCGUUAUGGGGACCGCCAUGUCGUGAUAUCGCUCGACAUUUUGUUCAGCGUUGGAAUUAUGCCAAGAGAAGUAAAGCUCCCAAUGAACAAACAAUUCCACUACUUAUGCCUCAUCAACACAUGGUUAUCCCACAUUACAUGGGUAACAAUGAAGAACACGAUGGAAAAACCGCAAACACGAAUGUACAACAAGCAAUCAACCGACAAGAUUCUUUACCGUCUUUUUCUGCUUUUCAAGACAUCCCAUUGUUAAUCCCACAAGAAGCCGACGGACUAGAAACGUCUAGCGGACAUCCAAAACAAAACGGGCCAAGUAAAUCCCAAAACGCGCAUGGUCAGCCCAGCAGGCCGCCUCGCGUUCCAUUUUCUUUUAAAAAAUCAAAAUAUGAACCUCUAGUUUCCGACACGCCAAUGAGAGGGUUAGUUGAUGAGCAAGGGAGCUCGAAUGCAACAACCGUGCACCCUACCAUGAAGUCGUGUGAUCGAGAAUGGUGGGAGACACAGGAACGAGGUAACCAAGUUGUUUCAUCGGAUGAAACGGGACAGGUUGGUCCACGUGUCGCAUGUCACUGCCAGGUUAUAAGGAGUGUGAGUUUAUGGUCAGCUGGAACAAGUCAAGUUGAAGAUAGCAUUCACAAUGCUUAUUGUUCCCUUAUUGAGAAAGCAGAACACUUGGUUUACAUCGAGAACCAGUUUUUCAUCUCGGGUCUUUGUGGCGACGAGAUCAUACGAAACCGUGUGUUGGAAUCGUUGUACAAACGUAUCAUACAGGCGCAUAACCAAAAUCAGUGUUUUAGAGUCAUCAUUGUUAUACCAUUAUUACCUGGAUUCCAGGGUGGACUAGAUGAUGGUGGUGCAGCAUCAGUAAGAGCUAUUAUGCAUUGGCAGUAUAGAACAAUAUCAAGAGGGCCCAAUUCUAUAUUGCAUAAUCUUUCGGAUCGCAUUGGGCCCAGAGUUCAUGACUACAUAUCGUUUUAUGGUCUUCGGGCUCAUGGUAGAAUUUCUGAUGAUGGGCAUGUGGCGUCCAGCCCGGUAUAUGUGCAUAGCAAGAUUAUGAUUAUAGAUGAUAACACAGCCCUUGUUGGAUCAGCUAAUAUUAAUGACAGGAGUUUACUUGGAUUACGUGAUUCGGAGAUUGGAGUACUUAUUGAAGAUAAAGAAGUUGUUGAAUCUUAUAUGGGAGGCAACCCAUAUAAGGCUGGAAAAUUUGCGUUGAGUCUUCGGCUUUCGCUAUGGUCUGAACACCUCGGUCUUCAUAGUAGUGAGAUUAAUAAAAUAGCUGACCCUGUGAUUGCUUCUACCUAUAAAGACAUUUGGAUGGCAACUGCAAAGACAAAUACCAUGAUCUACCAAGAUGUCUUUGCUUGCAUCCCUAAUGACUUUAUACAUUCCAGAGCAACAUUGAGGCAAUGCAUGGUUGGAUUAAAAGAAAAAUUAGGACAUACAACAAUUGACCUAGGAAUAUCUCCAAAGAAGCUGGAAUCAUAUCAAACUGGAAAUUGCAAGAGUUUUGAUCCAAUGGCUAGAUUAGAAGGUGUGAGAGGGCAUCUUGUUUCUUUCCCUUCAGAUUUUAUGUGCAAAGAAGAUUUAAGGCCCGUUUUCAAAGAAAGCGAGUACUACGCAUCGCCUCAAGUUUUCCAUUAAAUGGGUUGUUGCUAAUGCUAUCUUAUCUUGUUUGUUUCAUGUUGUUACGCGCUAGAGAACAUAUAUAGACAUGCAUAAUGUUCAUACCGGGAUUUGAUAUACCUGUAUAGAGUCUAUUUAUA